AUGAUCAAAACCUCCCAGGCAACAUUCAUUGAUGACUCGGAGCGUUGGUGGUUGUGUCAAGUACUCGGAUCACUUUUUGAACUUAUUGCUCUCCUCCCUCGCUCCCGCCCGCUUCCAGCUUCGUUUGUAGCGAUUUGCACUAGUCUCUGCACCCGCGCUGUUAAUCUUCUCGCCUCCUUCUGCACUUGCUCUGGCGUGGAGACGCGUUUAAAGGCUCUGCGGAAGCUCUGCACAAUCGCCAUUCUAGAUGGCCCAUUCGUUCCACCCAACCUUUUGUCCUACGCGAUGAAGAUCAUCCUCCAAAUGUAUCCCCUGGCAACAGCUAGGAUUGCUUGUGAAAUCGCCUACUGUCUCGAGAUUUGUACCAUGAAAGCUCUGACGCUUCAAGACAUUCCAGAAGACUGGAGUCUUCCUUCGAUUCUCCAAGUUGUUAUUGGACUCUCCGCCCGCCUUUUUCCAGACGCCAAAAACGUAGUCUGGACCGGACAGGAUGGAUAUCGCUGUGAGCAUGCGCUUCAAACUCUUGCCAAUCUUGUAGAACUGGCUUCCAAGUCUUUGGAUUUCCUGGAUUCCCAUUACUCCACUGUUUUAAACGUCUUUCAAACCUGUCUUCACACCACAAACAUCAGUGGAGCUGAAAAAAUUCGCUGGAAUGCAGCCCUAGCCUCAAGUCGGUUGCUUCAAACGAUUUCAAAUGGAGACCAAUUGGUGGAGGCGCUUUGUGUAGCAUUUACCACAGAUCCAUACUUUAAGGUUCGGGCGUACGCAGGUCUAUCUCUCCUCCUUCAACUCCUUCGCGUUCCAAGCAUUCGACAGACGAGUAGUAUCCUAGAUUGCUGUCUCCAAUUUUUGAGUAUUGACCUAAAGCACUACUUUACUAAGUUAGUGGCAGCAGAUGCGUUGCAAUAUCAGGUGGUCUGCCCCUACAUCGCGGAACGAUUACUACUUCAGGCUGGUGUUCUAUCGAUGCGGGCCCUUCAACAAAACUGGACUGAAGGUCUACGGAAUCUGAAUAGGAUUGUGGAAGAGUUGGAAGGAAAUGAGACGUUGUGUGAGAACUUAAAGAACAGUUUGAAAUACGCCAAGGAUGCAAAAGUAGCAGCUACUGCUGUGGUAAAAGAGAACGCAGACGAAAUGGCCAGAGGCGGUUUGGCAAGAGUACCCAAACACCCGAUGAUAAUAUCCUUCGCUGAACGCUAUAGCCUUCUGCGAACCCUCAAGUUAGACGAGGCGGUGAACGAAUUAUCAGAAGCCGUCAAAACCUUCGAACGAGAAGUACAAAUUGCCGAUGGUGAUUCCUCACUAACUCGUGAGUUGGUACGAGGCUUGACACGCCUUAUCAAUGCCAUGACAAUUGAUGAAACAGCGGAAUCGCUUCAGAGGAUUCAUUUGAAUUCGCUAGACGAUCAAUCGAGUGCUCCCUCUCAAACAACCGACGGCAGUGCAGUUGAUUAA